AUGGCACUAGCCACGAUUGCCGCUACCCACGCUACUGGCGCGCUCCCGCGUCGGCGGCGCCGCCGCGCUCCGGCUACCACCACCCGCUUCACCACGCCGCCGCCUCCUCCAGCUACCCUCGACCGCGUGCUCUCCGACCUCCAAUCCUACCCGCACCUCCUCACCCCAUCCCUGCUGCGGCCCCUCCUCGCGGCGCUGCCGCUCCACCCGUCCCCGCGCCGCCGCCUCGCCGCCCUCCGCGGCCUCCUCCCGGAAUCCCUCCUCCGCCGCAACCCGGACCUCGCGCUCCGCCUCCUCCACCUCCACGCCUCCCUCGGCCUCCUCGCCUACGCGCACCACAUAUUCGACCACCUCCUCCCCGCGCACACCCGCCGGGGCCGCGCCUUCCCGUGGAACUGCCUCGUCGCCGGCUACGCGCACCUCGGCCGCCACGAGGACGCCCUCGCGCUCUACCUCCAGAUGGACGAGGAGGGCGCGCCGCGGGACGGCUUCACCUUCGCGUCCGCGCUCCGUGCCUGCGCCGGCCUUCGGUCCGCCGCGCUCGGCCGGGCCGUGCACCGCGACGCCGUGCGCGCCGGAUUCGCUUCCGGCGACGUCGUCGCCGUGUGCGACGCUCUCGUGGACAUGUACGCGAAGUGCGGCGACCUGGACAUGGCUCGCCGGGUGUUCGAGGCAAUGCCGGGUGUUCGGGACACCGUCUCAUGGAACAUCAUGCUUGCUGGGUGCCUGAGGCAUGGGCUCUCGACGCACGCGAUCGAGUUCUGGAGAAGGAUGCUCGGAGAAGGCCACAUGCCCGACUCAGUUGCGCUGUCGAUGAUGCUCUCGCUUCUGUCCGACGAUAAACAGGGGCUAGCGGUUCAUGGCUGGGUGGUCCGCCACGCUCUCGAGCAGGAGUUGCCAGUAGCAAACGCCCUGAUUGAAAUGUACUCCAGGAAAAACGAGCUAGGCCAUGCUCUUUGGGUGUUCGAGUCCAUGACAGUGAAGGAUCUGGUUUCAUGGAACGCUAUCAUCUCCGCACACCGGCAAGACUUUGGAAUUCUCAUGAUGUUCCGUCGCAUGGUGGACUCUGGAGUGCAGCCGGAUGAGACCACCUUUCCGGUGGUGCUCUCUGCGUGCGAGAACCUAGGGUUGGCGGAGGGUGGAACUAGGCUGUUUUCCGAGAUGGAGAGUAAGUACAUAAUUCAGCCUACUCUGGAGCACUAUACCUCUAUGGUGAACAUGCUAAUCAAAGGAGGGAUGCUCAAAUGA